AAAAAACCCUCCAUCCAAAGAAUAAAAUAUAAAGCCCACAAGAAAAUAAGUGCCAGGAAAUGAGUUUUGAAAUCUAAUCAAACAAAAAUUCUAAAUAAAGAAACUAAUAGUCUUUUUGCUUUUAGCAGUAAUCGAUAGAAAGAUCACAUGGCGUAGGAAUUGUUCUUGCCUUCUGAACCAAUGAAUAGAAAGUGGGAAGAAAAACUGAAGCAGAUUGAGGAGCGAGCAUCUCAUUACAAGAGGAAACCACUGUGCUCAGUGUAUAGACCAAGCCUGUCCAGGCCAGAGCAACCGCCCUCCAUUUGGAAGCUAUUUCGUCGUCAAACUGAAGCUUUUAAUUUCGUUAAAAGCUGUAAACAGGAUGUUCAUGUAUUUGCUUUGGAAUACAAAAUGGGAGACGGACAACGUAUUUAUCUUGUAACAACCUAUGCUCAGCUUUGGUUUUACUAUAAAUCCCGAAAAAAUCUCUUGCACUGCUAUGAAGUUAUUCCUGAAAGUGCUGUGUGCAAGCUUUAUUUUGAUUUGGAAUUUAACAAACCUGCCAAUCCAGGAGCUGACGGGAAAAAGAUGGUUGCAUUACUCAUUGAGCAUGUCUGUAGAGCGCUUCAGGACUUAUAUAGUGUAAGGUGCUCAGCUGAAGAUGUUUUCAACUUGGAUUCUAGCACUGAUGAAAAAUUUAGCCGCCAUCUGAUAUUUCAGCUCCAUGACGUGGCAUUUAAAGAUAACAUCCAUGUUGGUAAGUGCACUG